ACCGGUUGGGAGAGCAGAUGCCAAGGGGAGCCCUUGUAGGUUGUGAUGCCUAAGGAGGCGCACACCGUGCUCCUGUUCUGCAGAGGAGUUCUCCUCUGGUAAAUGAAGUUUGCUGGUGGUUUACAGCAGCGCCAGAUUGCAUCUGCCUGCAUGGAUGUGUGCUGGCCUCUAACAGGCAGUCAUACUUAGCGGCGGGGGGGGGUUCCAUCCCUCUGAAGCUCUGGAAACAGGUAGAGUCACCACAUGAAGGCACAUCUGUAGGAAGCUGAAGGACUUUUUUGUCAUCAUCUGGUAAACAAAUUAAAAUUGUUGAGAAUCACACGUCCAAUUAGUGACAGAGCCAGGAACACAACAUGGGUUUUGUGGUCAUCACUGCAGCAGAUUUCUCCCUGUAGAGAAGGAGGGCAGGUUCUGCCUGCACAUCUGCACUCAUCUGGCAAGAUGGUAUUUCGGAAACCACCCGAUGGUGGCUGGGGCUGGGUGAUUGUUGUCGUUUCCUUCUUCACUCAGUUCUUGUGUUACGGAUCACCGCUGGCGGUGGGAGUCUUGUAUGUAGAAUGGCUGGAUGCUUUUGGAGAAGGGAAAGGCAAGACUGCUUGGGUUGGAUCGCUAGCAAAUGGAAUCGGAUUGCUUGCCAGUCCUGUCUGCAGCAUAUGUGUAUCAUCUUUUGGAGCAAGACCAGUAGCAAUUUUCAGUGGCUUUAUGGUGGCCGGGGGGCUCAUGAUGAGCAGUUUUGCACCUAACAUAUACUUUCUGUAUGUUUCAUAUGGGAUUGUUGUUGGGCUUGGAUGUGGCCUUUUGUACACUGCAACAGUUACCAUCACUUGCCACUAUUUUGACAAACGCAGAGGCCUUGCACUUGGUCUGAUUUCAACAGGCUCAAGUGUCGGACUCUUUAUAUAUGCAGCAUUGCAAAGAGAGCUUAUCGAUCUGUAUGGACUGGAUGGUUGUCUGCUAAUAGUUGGUGCUCUGUCUCUAAAUAUACUAGCAUGUGGCAGCCUAAUGAGACCGUUGGAGUCAUCUGAUUCCCCUCCACCAGAAAAAUCAUGUGUUGACAAAGUUCCAGAUCAAUAUUUUGUUUACCACGAAAAAGAAAAGACUGUUGAAGAAAAUAUAAGCAUCCUUGACAAGGGCUACAUUGAUGAAAAAUGUGCAAACAAUAUGCCUGAUUACAAACAGGAUAGCAUUUUAAAUAAGAAUGUAUUAAGCUCAAUAAACGUAAAUGAGAAAGACACGUAUAAAAAGAAAGUUGUAGAACAGACAAACUUCUGCAAGCAACUCGCCAAAAGGAAGUGGCAGCUCUAUUUGAACUAUUGGGAGGAAACCGUGGUUCUUUUUAAGAACAAAGUAUUUUCAGCUCUCUUUGUUGCCAUCUUGCUCUUUGAUAUUGGUGGAUUUCCUCCUUCUCUGCUCAUGGAAGAUGUAGCAAGAAGUGCAAACAUUAAUGAAGAUGAUUAUCCUGUGCCCCUUAUUUCCAUUAUAGGCAUAAUGACAGCUGUUGGCAAACUUAUUUUAGGAAUACUGGCAGAUUUUAAAUGGGUUAACACUUUAUAUCUAUACGUAACUACCUUACUAAUGAUGGGAGUGGCCUUGUUGGCAAUUCCAUUUGCCAAAAGUUACCUUACAUUAGCGAUGCUUUCCGGGAUCUUGGGUUUUCUGACUGGGAACUGGUCAAUUUUUCCAUACGUAACAACAAAGACUGUGGGAAUUGAGAAACUGACUCAUGCAUAUGGGAUACUUAUGUUCUUUGCUGGACUUGGAAAUAGCCUCGGACCACCAAUUGUAGGUUGGUUUUACGACUGGACGCAGGAAUAUGACACUGCAUUCUAUUUCAGUGGCUUUUGUGUCUUACUGGGUGGAUUUCUUCUGCUGUUGGCAGCCCUACCCUGCUGGAACGCCUGUACCAGUCAGAGCUCCAAGCUGCCUCCAAAUACUUACUCCUACAAAGUUGCAUCUAGCGCUUAGGUGACAACUGGAAAACACACUGCGCUUUUUUAUAUUAUAUAGCAAAACGUUUUAGUAAUUUUCCACUUAUUUAUGAAGCCCAAAAAUCCUCUUCCACUAGAAAAAAUUCCAUUGUUGCUUGUUGUUCAGUUCCUUUUUCUUCUUUUAUUUGUUGUUUGUUUUUAAGAACAGUCUUAUUUUGUUUACUAUGCACUGUGUUUUCAGCCUUUAUCUACUGUAAUUUCCUUUCACCCUGUAAGGGGUCUAUUCUGCUGUAUUAUCAGCUGUACUUUUGUGGGGUUUUUUUAAGGGGAAUGAUGUGGAGGGGAGAAAACUUUGAAGCAAAAAUGACGGCCUGUUCCUUAUAGGAGAAGACUGGCAUUUCUGUCACCUUUUGUAGGUCUCCGAGUUGCACAAUCAGACUUUAAAAAAGAAAAAAUUGCCUUAUUAGAAUGUAAUACUGUGGCAAGGUGCUUGUAACAUCAUGCUUAGAUUAACUUUUUGUCUUUUUAAAGUUUCUCUGAUUUACAAUGAAGUGCCAAUUGGGGGAGGGAGAAGAGGGGGAACAAAAGCAACCUUGUGUUGCAUAACUGAAGUAAACUUCAUGAUGAACAUAAGGAUUCUUACUACCACUGCAACUAAGAACUGUUUAUAAAUAUUUCACAUUUUGUGAAGCCUCUUCAUAAAACUGUUGAACCAAAACCUUUUAAACCAAGGAAUAAAUGUGAUUGUCAAAACAAUGAAAAGAAA